UAAAAUCGAUUUUGCAAACAUUCACGCAAGCACUCAUGUGGCAACCGUGCCUAAUUUUCCCCUACCACUGUACAAUUGUCUCGCAACGUGCACGUGGGUUAUAAGCACCCGAAAGUGGCUGUCGCUGGGCUCCGGCCUUGAUCGAUGAAGUUGGUAUUGAUAAGCAUAAUGAAUAGGUUAUUCACAAAUGUGCAGGGUCAUCGUUCCAGUUUUCCGGAUUCUCUUGGAAAUCUCACAGAAUCAGUGGCAUUUUCGUAAGCUUACGUCUUCUUCAAGUUAUCAUUUACUGAGUCUUAGAUUUAUGGAAAUGUCUUCAUCAGGGGGCGAACAACACACUAGUACAAUUUUUCAAGGAAAGAAGGAUAUAUAUAAGGGAAUAGUUGUGAAUUCAAGUGAAGCUUCUGACGGCGGAUGUUUCUCCAUCACUCUUGAAGAGUCAUUGAAAUAUUGGAGAACAAAUAACGUGCGUACUGUAUGGUUCAAUGUUGCCCUGGAACAGGCAGACUGGAUCCCUGAACUUGCUAAGAAUGGCUUCAAAUUUCAUCAUAUAAAGGGAGACGAUGUUGUUAUGUACAAAUGGCUACCAGAGAAUGAAGAAUGCAAUAUUCCAUCAUAUUGUCAUACCAUGGUGGGUGUUGGAUCAGUAGUUAUUAAUUCAGAUGAUGAGAUAUUGGUGAUUCAAGAACGCUUUUCAACAAAACAGCAGUGGAAACUUCCUGGUGGUUAUGUGGAACCUGGUGAAAAUAUAGGUGAUGCUGCUGUCAGAGAAGUUUUUGAAGAAACCAAUGUUCAAGCAGAAUUCCAAUAUCUUGCAACUUUUCGCCACAUGCACAAUGCUAAUUUUGGAUGUUCUGACAUAUACUUCAUAGCUUGUCUUAAGCCAUUGUCAGAUAAAAUAGAAAAAUGUAAUAAAGAAAUCAAAGCAUGUCAAUGGAUGAAGGUUGAAGAAUUUUUGGAUCAUCCUUUGGUUCAUGAAGGAAACAAAUUCUUUGUAAGAAAGUGCAUUGAAUAUCAGAAAGAAGGAAACAGUAUUGGUUGUGUUCAAAGUAUACAUCCUGCAAUAAACAAGCAUCAGUGUGUUUAUAGUAUUAUGACCAACAAAGACAUUCCACCAUAUAUGCUAAAAUAUGCUACUGAAAGUUUACCACCC